UUUUUACUCGUUUAUGUGUAAUUGAACCCUUUCCCUGAAGAAACGACUGGACAGUCAUUAUUUUGGGGAAUUAACACGAAAGUUUCGGGCGAGUCAGCAGUUAAAGGAUGGACCCUAAAACUCCCCCUGAUAUCAGAUGAGCUUUUGCAGAACAGAAUCUGCUAAUUGAAGGCAGUAAAAUAUGCUGCUCCAAACAGGACCAGGGGAAAGUUGUGAAGGAUGAGUGAAAUGUUCCAAAGAUAGAAGAGCUACUUUUAUUAGUUGUUUAGGAGGUAAAAUCCAAAGAGAAACAUUCUGCUACAGAAUCCACGAGCAGAAUUAAGAGAUCAUUUGUCUUUGGUGAGCUAGGUGAACCAUUUUUAGAGAGUUUUACAGCAAAAUAUUAGAGGAUGGAGUGCAGUGAGAGAGUGCUAUGUGGCAUCGGGGAGGUGGAGCUGGACCCCAACAUUGUGAGUGAAGAGGCAGGAAAGCUGUAUUCAGAACUUCAGACCGUUAUAGAGACACAUGGUGAAGGCGUGGUGGAGUCGUUGGUGCCCAUAUUUGUGUGGGUCCUGGAGGGUCUGGCCACCUGCAAAGCUCAGCUGAGGGAAAAGGAGGAAGAGGUAGAGAAGGAGAAAGCUGAGCGAGAAGAAAUCCUGCAGAGAUACCAAGCAGAGAGAGGACUCAGGAAAGACAGUCAGGAGAGGUAUCUAGAGCUAGAUGACCAAAUCGAGCAAGAGAGGAGAGCCAUGAGGGGGAGGGAAAUGGAGAGGGAACGAAGAGAGAGAGAGUUGGAGAAGAUAGCAAGAGUGCAAGCUGAUCAGUUGGUGGCCUUGGAGGAGCAGAAGUGUAAUCUGGGAAGAGAAUUGAGCACGCUGAAGCACACUCACAACAAGCUGGCUCAUACAUAUCGGGAUAUUUUGGAAAAGAGAAGAGAUUCUGAGAGAGAUUCUCCUCUAAGGAAUCAUCUGCGUCCCAAGAAUGCUGAGUUUUCAUCCAACCAAGUCUUUGAAAGCAGUGUUAAUGAAAAGAUGCUUCAAAGACCACAUUCAAAUUCUGGUCCGCCCACUUUGGAGGGUCUGGUAACAAAGGAUUUAAAUGGGAUUGAUAUUACAGAAAAGCCCACAGAUCAUUUUGUCAAUGACAUCAUAAGCUCUACUCCUGAGCUCAGACAAUUCCACUGCUGUAAGGAUGUAAGCAGCACCCCGGUAACCGGACCAAACACCAUAGAGCCUCUGAGGAAAGACUCGGAAAAGAGUUUGGAGGACGAGAUCGGGGAGGUGGAGGAGACGGAGCCCGAAGCAGAGGUGGUGCAGGAAGGAGAAAGGCAGGGAAAAGCUGAGGAGCAGGAGGAAGAGGGGGAGGAAGAUGAUGGUAUGGAGUGGGAGCUGCGCAACACAGACUCUGUUUUCUCUGAGCUAUCGGAGCUGAGUCGGGAUUACCUGGAGAGUGUAGACCAAGGGGCCAGUGUCAGAGGUAGCACGGACCAGUUUGAGGAGAUUCUUUCUCAGUAUGAGGAACUGAAAGUCACCCACGAGUUAGUAGAAGCUGCCCGUAAGUCUGUAAUAUCUCGAGUGGUGGAGCUGACUGAUGACCGCUCGACUCUUCACCUGGAAGUUUCCUCUCUGCAGGAAACGGUCUCACGUCUGGAGGGGCGGAUGAAGGAGAAGGAAGAGGAAACCAAGAGACUUCGGAAAGAACUGGAAGCAUGGCAGUCUGAGGAUCCUGAUGCAACUUUACCCAUAACCAUGCGCCAGUUUUCUCGGUCUGAAAUGGCUCGUGUGGUGAUGGAGAAGAACCAAUACAAGCAGCGUCUGUUUGAGCUUCAGGAGGCAGUAAGACGCAGUCAGACUCUGAGAGCAACAAAAGAGGAGAGGUUCACCGUAGACAAAAGGUCAAGUGUUUGGACAAAGUUCAACCGCUUGUUGGGCCUGACCAAGUCACCCUUAAUCCCACAUUCUGCUUCUGCAUUUCCCCGAGCCAUGUCUCCAUCGCUCACUCGCCCUCCUCCGCAGAGACCAGCUGUCAGUCAAACAAAUGUGGAAUCUGCCUCUCCCGCUGCUCUCUCCCCUCGUGUCAGGAAACGAGAACUCUACAGAGAAAUCCGCUCACACAUUUGGGAAUCGCUUGGCAAACGGCAGAUACAUGGCUGGAGCACACCACUGGCCAACACACAGGAAUCCCAAGAACCAGUCCCCGAGCCUAAAGAUGUGCCUGUUCUAGUGCGGCUCAGACUCUUGGAUCAAAGAGACUCCACAGCCAAGCUGAACUGUGCAGUUGCCGUGACACCUGAGAUCUCAGGAGAGGCCACGUGUUCUGUGUGGGUAGUGUCGGGCCCUGCCUCCUGCAGUGAUAUUACAGUGAUUGAUCCAGGACGCUCCAACACAGUUCUGGAUCAGUUCAGCCUCCCUCCCACAGCUCCCGUCCUCUGCAUCUGUGCUGUGCCUCCCAUAGGUGACUCUGCAGGAACUGUUUGGAUUGGAACUCAGGAAGGAAGUAUAUUGGUACACUCUGCCUCUGCUGGCAGGAGGCGCUGUCUGCAGUCUGUAUCCCUCUCAGAGAGUGUUCAUUCGCUCACGUUUUCCCAGGGUCAAGUCUUCGCUGGUUUAGCUGAUGGGACUUUAGCAUUUUUCUCACACACUUCAGGUGGCUGGAAUCUACUGUCACACUUUAUUUUGCUUCUGGGGUCAAACCCUCUGCAGCCCAUUCGCUGCUGCCUUGCAAAAGGAAACCGGCUGUGGGUGGGAUAUUGGAACAAAGUGCACGUGGUUGACAUUGACGGCAAGAAGGUUGAACAAACAUUCACAGUGUCUGAGCGCAGUGAGCAGCAGGUCCGUUUCCUGUCUGCUGGUGGAAGUGGUGUUUGGACGUCCUGCCGACUCGACCCGAUCCUCCGACUGUUUGACUGGUCCACAGGACGGCCGCUGCAAGAAGUCGAUUUAACUGCUCUGGUCACUAAAACCUUAGGCGCAGCCUUCCUUUCUCUCUCACCCCUCCAGAUCUCGUCUCUAACAGUCAUAUCUGGACGUCUGUGGGUGGGCACUGGAGGCGGGGCCAUUUUCUCCAUCCCAUUAUCCAUAACAUCAGAAGCUGUUUCCAUCCCAUAUUGUUCCAUUGCAUCAGCCCAGCUGUGUUACCAUGGACACCGACAAGCUGUCAGGUUCAUCUUUGCUGCUCCUGGUUGCUUGAUCACCUGUCCUGACAGCGGCACUGUCACUACCUCUCAGCUUAUCCUCAGUGGAGGAGAGGGCUACAUCAACUUCCGAAUGGGAGACGAUGCAAGUGAUGAAUCAGCUGAGUUGUCCCAAUCUUCACCUCAACGGUCUGAGCGCAGUCACAUGUUCAUCUGGCAGAAUCCCUCACUUUCUGUGCCAAGCCCUGCCCUCUGACAGCACUCAUCUCCUGCACUUUCUGGACAAAAUAAAGAUGGGAGUAGACAACAGCCGAACACCAGCGAUGCUUGAAACGACUUUGGAGAUGAUGCUUUCAUGGAACUGAAUUAGCCGUCAUCUCAGUGCGGCAGCCAUGAAAGGGUCCUCUUAAGAACAUACAACAUGCUGUUCACCUCAUUCAUACUGUUAAUCUAUCUUUGGACUGGAUGACCCUCACCACAGGCCUUCAUCUCAAAGUAUAUCAUUUCUCGGUUCUGCUGCUUUGUUUUUAUUCAGUGUCCUUGUUAUAUGUACAACAUAUCUUUAUUCCUUCAAGGGGGCAACGGGUGUUUCUGUCAUACGGAUUUUGAUCAGUUAGUUUGACUUAAUGUGGCACCUCUGGAAGCUGCUGUUUACAUAUUAUAGGAAUUACUGUGAACUGGAAACAGGUAUUGAUCUCUCAGCAUAAAGACAAUCAGACUCUUAUCUCCUGAUGCAGCAUUAACAAUGGGCAUAACUUGGUUUGAUUGAUUGUGAGUUUUUUUGCAAUUUAUAUUCAAUUUCUCAUUCACAUUAAAUGUGGUACCAAAACAAGUCACAUUUAAAUGUCUGUCUGUAUAAAGAUAUGUGAUAACCCAUCUUUUGAAUGAUGACUGUGUGUGCUUGUCAUGAGAAAUUAUUUAUUUUCUCCAUCAGUUGUUUGCUUUAUAUUUGGAUGUCCUGAUUUGUUUUUGUUUUAAUUUGAUUUCUGUAUCUUUUGUAAAAUAAGGAAGAUGAAUCUUUCAAUGCAGUAUUUAUGUGCAAUUACACAUUUGCACACAUGAAUAAAAUGUGUUCAGUGGAAA